CAAAAACCAAACAUGGUGCGCAGUCUGGCCCAGUGGACGAAAACGUUAAGUUUUCCUUCACGUCUAUCACCGAAUCGCAAUUCCAAAGAUUGUUCCACAUUGAACACAACGACGACGACAACGACUAGUCCGGUGCCACCACCCACACCACCAAGGAAUAAAAAUUCAAAUUGUGCUACCUCUCGUUCCACAUCAUCGACAGUAUCAUCGGCCUCGGGCACUUCGACAUCAUCGCAUAAUAACAAUAAUAUGCCAAUUACCGAAUUGGAACAGAUUAUUUACCCCGGUCCUGAUCCAAAACAAGCCAUAAUGGGUUCUUUGGUCUUUUGCAUACAUCACAAACAGGGCUGCACUUGGUCGGAUGAAUUACGUAAACUAAAGGCCCAUUUAAAUGUGUGCAAACACGAUGCCACCCAAUGCCCCAAUAAAUGUGGAGCCCAGAUACCACGCAUUAUGAUGACCGAUCAUUUACAAUACACCUGUACAAUGCGUCGCACCAAAUGUGAAUUUUGCCAAAGUGAAUUUUCCGGAGCCGGUUUGGAAGAACAUGCCGGCACCUGUGGCCAAGAACCCAUCUAUUGUGAGGCGAAAUGUGGCCAACGGGUAUUGCGCGGACGCAUGACUCUACACAAAUCCAAAGAUUGUACAAAACGUUUGAGACGUUGUUUACAUUGUAAUAGAGAAUUUUCUGCCGACACUUUGGCGCUGCAUGCCAAUCAAUGUCCCCGGGCACCAACUGUGUGUCCCCAGAGGUGUGAUGUUGGCCCCAUUGCUCGAGCUGAUUUGGAAGCCCAUUUGCGAGAUGAAUGUAAGGCCUUGGCUAUUGCAUGUUCGUUUAAGGAGGCCGGUUGCCGUUUCAAGGGUCCCCGCCAUUUGUUGGAGGCCCAUUUGGAGGCAAAUGCUGCUGCCCACCUCUCGUUAAUGGUGGCCCUCUCUGCCCGCCAGGGACAACAAAUACAAAUGCUUAAAUCAGCCGUUUCAAAAUUGUCCAUCAACUUCACCGGUACCCUAUUGUGGAAAAUCACUGAUUGGUCUUCCAAAAUGGCUGAGGCCAAGGGUAAAGAUGGUUUGGAACUUGUCUCACCACCAUUCUAUACAUCUCAAUAUGGUUACAAGUUGCAAGCCUCAAUGUUCUUAAAUGGUAAUGGCCCCGGGGAAAAUACUCAUGUCUCGGUGUACAUUAAGGUGUUGCCUGGUGAAUAUGAUGCUCUACUCAAAUGGCCCUUCUCCCAUUCCAUCACUUUCACGCUUUUCGAACAGGGUGCCCAAUCGGGUCAGGGUGGUGUUGCUGAGUCUUUUGUACCCGAUCCAACAUGGGAGAAUUUCCAAAGGCCCUCAAAUGAACCGGAUCAAUUGGGUUUCGGUUUCCCACGAUUUAUUUCACAUGAUCUGCUCUAUAAGAGGCCAUUCAUCAAAGAUGAUACGGUAUUUUUGAGAGUCAAAGUGGAUCCAAGUAAAAUUGUGGCCGUUUAA